GAUCAAAGGGGAAGGGGUGGGACUUACGUGAGGAAUGACAAGCUGUCUGGCGAAUACCGCAGAUAGAACUUCGCUCCGUAAAAUGGGGGUGGGGACACGUUAAGGCCUGCACCAAUGGCUGUCUGGGGGGCGUGCCCGCGGGGCCAAGCGGGAGCCGGAGGCCCCGGGCUCUCUGGGCCGCGCCUGAGGCGGACGCAACGGGGCCGGGGGGCGGCGGCAGUAGUGGCGGCGGCUGUGGCGCGGCUGGGCGCCGCGGCUGGCCCGAGUGGAUGGAGUUGGAGGGGCGAAGUGCAGGCGGUGUGGCGGGAGGACCAGCUGCUGGGCCCGGGCGGAGCCCCGGGGAGUCGGCGCUGCUGGACGGGUGGCUGCAGCGGGGCGUGGGCCGGGGGGCCGGCGGCGGGGAGGCGGGGGCCUGUCAGCCCCCAGUACGGCAGGAUCCAGAAUCCGGCCCGGAAUACGAGGCGCUGCCGGCUGGAGCCACUGUCACCACGCACAUGGUGGCGGGCGCCGUGGCAGGGAUCCUGGAGCAUUGCGUGAUGUACCCGGUCGACUGCGUCAAGACCCGGAUGCAGAGUCUACAGCCUGACCCAGCCGCCCGCUAUCGAAACGUGUUGGAGGCCCUCUGGAGAAUUAUAAGAACAGAGGGCCUGUGGAGGCCCAUGCGGGGGCUGAAUGUCACAGCAACAGGCGCGGGGCCUGCCCACGCCCUCUAUUUUGCCUGCUACGAAAAGUUAAAAAAGACAUUGAGUGAUGUAAUCCAUCCAGGGGGCAAUAGCCAUAUUGCCAAUGGUGCGGCCGGAUGUGUGGCAACAUUACUUCAUGAUGCAGCCAUGAAUCCAGCGGAAGUGGUCAAGCAGAGGAUGCAGAUGUACAACUCACCGUACCACCGGGUGACAGACUGUGUACGGGCAGUGUGGCAAAAUGAAGGGGCCGGGGCCUUUUACCGCAGCUACACCACCCAGCUGACCAUGAAUGUCCCCUUCCAAGCCAUUCACUUCAUGACCUAUGAGUUCCUGCAAGAGCACUUUAACCCCCAGAGACGGUACAACCCCAGCUCCCACGUUCUCUCCGGAGCCUGUGCAGGAGCCGUAGCUGCCGCUGCUACAACCCCACUGGACGUCUGCAAAACACUGCUCAACACCCAGGAAUCCCUGGCUUUGAACUCAAACAUUACAGGACACAUCACAGGCAUGGCUAGUGCCUUCAGGACGGUUUAUCAAGUAGGCGGGGUGACUGCCUACUUCCGAGGGGUGCAGGCCAGAGUAAUUUACCAGAUCCCCUCCACGGCCAUUGCGUGGUCUGUGUAUGAAUUCUUCAAAUACCUAAUCACAAAACGACAGGAAGAGUGGAGGGCAGCCAAGUGAGGAAGGACACUGAGUGGACCAGGGUCCGACAGCACCGCUGCAUCCUGCCCCUCCAGCACAUUCUCUGCUCACGGCACCAUCCAGUCGCGAGUGGAGUUGGACGAGAGGGAGAGAGCUCGCUCCAGGCUCUAGUUGGCUAACACUAGUUCUUGCCAACGUCUGUUGCCACCACCGUCUGUCCUUCUGGGCCCUCAGCAAGUUCGGCAAAGCCCACCGCAGUACCUCUGGUGACCUACAUCCUGGACCAGGUGACCUGCUCCAGACCGUUGCAGAGAGAUACGCAGCACAUUCCCCUGGUUCCUAAUUAAAAAGAAAAGAGUCUUUAAA